GCUCCAGUUUGGUCUUGUUCAUCGUCAAUGAUAUUCUCGUUCUCUUCUUCUUCAUCCCGACGACGAGGAGCAGUGUAAAGUGUGUCGGAGCGACGAGGUCGCGAUCCUCGACGUCGACGGGACUCGAAAUCAUCUGGUGGAGGGGAGUACGAGGCAAUGGGAUCACCAAGAGAGCAACGGCGGCGCAUCAUGUUAGCAAUAGUUGAGGGAGCCAUCCUCUUCUAUCCCCAAGGCCAAAAGGGUUUGCUUUGCUUUGCUUGCUCACAUUCCAGAUUUUAUGGGAGGAUUUUGGUUGAAUUUUAGGGAGGUAUUCAUGUCUCAGAUUCUUGUUUCUUCUUUUGCUGCUGUGUCUUAUGGUAGGGAAAAGAUUCCUUCCUUCCUUCCUAUAUAUCUUAGAAAAAAUACAGGAAGGAAUUCAUUUUCACUUGGGCUUUGCUGAAAGGCAAAAUAAAAUACAGGAAUGGCGGGGAGAGUGAGAGCAGUGGCUGUAAUCACUAGUAGCGGUGGAUAUGGUGUUAGAGGCGCUGUUGAGUUCGUGCAGGAGGGUGGCCCACAUGAGCCGACCCAUGUCAGAGGAAGAAUCAUGGGCCUCUCUCCCGGCCUUCACGGCUUCCAUAUCCACGCUUUUGGUGAUACCUCCAACGGCUGCCUUUCUACCGGUGCCCUUCUUUCUCUCUGUUCCAUUUCCAUUUUGGUGCUCUCAAUUUCCAUUUUGGUGCUCUCAAUUUCAAUUUCGGUGCUCAAUUCCUCUAGGACCUCACUUCAAUCCGCUCAACAAGGACCAUGGAGCUCCUUCAGACCAGCACCGUCACGCCGGUGAUUUGGGUAACGUCACUGCUGGUCCUGAUGGAGUUGCUGAGGUUUCUCUUGUCGACUCCCAGAUUCCACUAAGCGGGCCUCAUUCCAUUCUUGGGAGGGCGGUUGUUGUGCAUGCUGAUCCUGAUGAUCUUGGCAAAGUGAAGGGUGGAGAGGAUGUUAGGUUUUGCUUGAUCAGAUUGCAGUGAAGUCCAGUGCUUCUCACUUGGGUUCGUAAACACUUUGUUACUGAGCAUUCAAUUGGAGGCUAGCUUCUGCCUUACCUGUUGAUGACUGACUCAUCCUAUUUCAGUUAUUUCAAAGAUGUGUUUUCUACUUAAGAAUAAUGAUGUCAGUGCCUGAAGUUCUUCUCUGAUAUUAAUGUUAUCUUCAAUGCAAUAGGUGGACAUGAACUCAGCAAAUCUACUGGGAAUGCAGGAGCAAGAGUUGGAUGUGGUAGAUAUUAACUUCUAUAGUACCCUUCAGUUUGAUUUGUUUUACUUUUUAUUUUUAAUUUUGUUUUCUUUUAUUUUUCUUUUCUUUCUUUUCUCUUCCCUCCCUCCCCGCUUUUCAUACACCUAGAGUUUGGCCUGAUACAUGUUGAUCUUGGACAGGAAUAAUUGGCCUUCGGUCGUCUGUUUAAGAGGGAUGCUAGUGGAAGCAGACAGUGGAUGAUUUCAUAAAUGUGGCUUAUCCUUUUAAAUUUGUAUUUCGAUU